GGAACGAUGUCUACGUGCCGGCUUGCUUUCACGUCGUUGUCACGGAAUUGCGAGCGUGUCAUCCCCUACGCGAACGUGGUCUCGAAGAACAGCUACUCGACCACUAAAACGGAAAAUGAAGAGACCUAUGAUGUCAUCAUCGCCGGAGGUGGCAUGAUCGGCACAACGUUAGCGUGCGCUAUAGCAAACAAUCGGAGAUUAGCAAACAGGAAGAUCUUACUUUUAGAAAGUAAUGCUAAACAGGAAUACACACCACAGGAGCAGUACUCCAAUCGAGUUGUUGCAUUGAAUCAACAAACCCGUACCUUAUUGUCCAGCAUAGGAGCAUGGAAACACAUAGAGGCAGUCCGAUAUUCUCCAGUACGAAGAAUGCAGGUGUGGGAGGCAUGUUCUGAUGCUAUGAUAACAUUCAAUGAGGAUUUGUCGAGCAAAGAAUUGGCUUAUAUAGUUGAAAAUGAUCUUCUGUUGCAUGCGAUCAACAAACAACUCUCUGAAAAGGAAAACAUUACUGUGAUUUAUAAUUCUAAAGUCACCGAUAUACAGCUUCUGAAAACAGGAAUGGAAUUUGUUACUAUACUGCUGCAGUCUGGAGAACGGUACAGGGCUAGAUUACUGGUGGGUGCCGAUGGCGUUAACUCGCUGGUGAGGAAGGCAAUGGGUGUGAUUUAUCUUAACUGGCAAUACAAUCAAUUAGGUAUCGUUGCGACUCUCAAACUGUCUGAGCCCACGGAGAACGUCGUCGCUUGGCAAAGAUUUGUUCCAACGGGACCCAUCGCAUUGCUUCCGUUGACAGAUUCUCUCAGUUCACUCGUAUGGUCUGUAACAAAAGAAAAGGCAAAGGAACUGUUGAAAAUUUCGGAGGAGGAAUUUGUCGACAAAGUAAAUGAGACGCUGUGGCGUAUUUAUCCGAAGAGCAGCAUCGUCGAGAGCGGGAUGCACGGAUUCCAUUGGUUGCUUACAAGACUUGCCUUGAAGACCAAUGCAUCCAGGCAAAUGCCACCCUCCAUAGAGGCAAUUAUCGAGGGCUCACGGGCAGCAUUUCCCUUGUGUUUCGGUCACGCUUCAUCUUAUGUUCAGUCAGGCGCGGUGUUGGUCGGAGAUGCUGCGCAUCGAGUCCAUCCUUUGGCAGGUCAAGGUGCGAAUUUAGGUUUCGGUGACGUAGCAGAGUUAACGAAGACCCUCGCUGAGGCCAGCGUGAAUGGCAGUCAUCUUAACGAUAUGUAUUAUUUACGGACAUACGAGACACUGAGGCAACGUCACAAUAUACCGAUGAUGCUCGCCAUCGAUGGACUUCAUCGGUUCUAUCAACACACCGCGGCACCCAUUGUUCUUGGUAGAAGUCUAGGUUUACAAUUAGUAGACUCUCUCCCGCCAAUCAAGAAACUUUUAAUGCAACAGGCUGCAGGAAAUAAUAUGUUUUAAAAGUGUUAAUCACUGAAGACUAGAAUGUACAUAAUGUAAAUAGUAUGAAAGAUGAUUAAUUUAUACAUUAUUAUGUUAUAUAUACCUACAUAUUGUCAUCAGAACUAAAAGU